AUGGCCGCUCCCAUGAUCAAGACUACUGCUGCCCCCAAGGUCCUUCCAGUCCUUCUCGUCGUUGGAAGCAUUUCUGUUGUUGGCGGCUACGUUCGCAAUCAACUCAUGACCACAUCCCGCAAAUUCGACCGCUCCUUCAGCCAGUACAACACCAACAAGAGCGAGUCUGCACGGGCAAAGACGUUCAACGGUUCUGUUCCUGACCCUAGAACAAGUCUCUUCAACGUUCUUGGCUGGUAG